GCUCUGGGAUGGAGGAAUCUGCGAGCAACCCUACCUCGGACUUCUGUGCAGAGGGGCGGUGGCGUCGGCAGGUGAGACACCUGGGUUUGCGGACCGGGUGGCGCGAGGUGCAAGACUCCGGACGGCCCUGGGCCAGAUUCCCGGCUUCAACUCUGAGAAUUUGUCCUGAGAGGAUUCUCAAGAGCCAUGUUGUCAGAAGUCCUGGUGGUGUCUGCUCCGGGGAAAGUUAUCCUUCAUGGAGAACAUGCUGUGGUCCAUGGCAAGGUGGCACUGGCAAUGGCCUUGAACUUGAGAACAUUCCUUCGGCUUCAACCCCAGAGCAAUGGGAAAGUUAGCCUCAAUUUGCCAAACGUUGGUAUCAAGUGGGCCUGGGAUGUGGCCAGGCUUCAGCUGCUGGAUACAGGCUUUCUGGAGCAAGGUGAUGUCACAGCACCCACCCCAGAGCAAGUGGAGAAGCUGAAGGAGGUGGCAGGCUUUCCCAAGGACUCUGCUGUCACCGAGUGCCUGGGUCUAGUGUCCUUCCUGUACUUAUACCUGACCAUCUGCCGGAAGCAGAGGACUCUGCCAAGCCUGGACAUCGUGGUAUGGUCAGAGCUGCCCACCGGGGCAGGCUUGGGCUCCAGUGCCUCCUACUCCGUGUGUUUGGCAGCCGCCCUCCUGACUGCAUGUGAGGAGAUCCCAAACCCUCUGAAGGACGGCGACCUAGUCAGCAGGUGGUGCGAAGAGGAUCUGGAAUUAAUUAACAAGUGGGCCUUUCAGGGGGAGAGAGUGAUCCACGGGAAUCCUUCUGGAGUGGACAAUGCUGUCAGCACCUGGGGAGGAGCACUGCGUUACCAGCAAGGGAAGAUAUCGUCCAUAAAGAGGCCCCCAGCUCUUCGGAUCCUGCUGACCAACACCAAGGUCCCACGAAGCACCAAGGCCCUCGUGGCUGGUGUAAGGAACAGGCUGAUUAAGUUCCCAGAGAUCGUGGACCCCCUCCUGACCUCCAUGGAGGCCAUAUCCCUAAAGUGUGAACGUGUUCUGGACGAGAUGGCCAUGGCCCCAGCCCUGGAGCAGUACCUCGUGCUGGAGGAGCUCAUCGACAUGAACCAGCACCACCUGAAUGCCCUCGGCGUGGGCCAUGCCUCCCUGGACCAGCUCUGCCAGGUGACAGCAGCACACGGACUGCAUAGCAAGCUUACCGGCGCAGGCGGUGGAGGCUGUGGCAUUACUCUUCUGAAGCCAGGUCUGGAGCAGGCUAAGCUGGAGGCCGCCAAGCAGGCCCUGACUGGCUGUGGGUUCGACUGCUGGGAAACCAGCAUUGGCGUCUCUGGGGUCUCUGCCCACUCAGCCACCUCCUUGGAUGGUCCCGUCCAGCAAAGACUGGGCGGCCUCUGACAGGAGCCACACUGCCAUUCCACCAAGAAGUCCCUUUCUGGAUUAUUCUAGGGGCCCACAGCUGCUCAUCUCCCGAUCUUGGUCAGGACCUACCCAGGUCUUCAGCCCCUCUGCCUUCUUUGGCCAGGCCACCCAGGCACAUUGGCUCUCCCUCUGCCUUCUUUGGAGCCAGCCAGGCAGUGGGGCAGAGCGGGGCCCCUGACACUUCAGACCUGAGGCAGAGGUGGGAAAGUCUCCCUCCACUUCCUGGAGUUCUCAUGGGUCCAUCUGCCUGGGCCUGCCCUUCACCUGUGGACUGCCUGGCACCAGGGAGGGAAGUGGGGACAUGAGGUUGGAGCCUGGUCUGAAGCAGUGUGCCUUCCUUCUCACUCCACCCCUUCCCACUGCCCAGGCCCUCCCACCUUCAGGAAGCCAUCCUGACCCUGGUGGGCUGACCCUGUCCCCCUGUCUCCUAUUGGAGUCACUCAGCACUGUCUGCCCUCUUCAACAGUGAGCUGGGCUCCUAGGGACUGUCUGGGCAGCAUCUCCGUCAUCAGCCCUUGGACCCAGUGAGACUUGGCUGAGUGAAGGCAGAUCGGCAUGCUGUCUUCCCACGUGUGCCUAAGGGUUUUGGGAAAGAUGGCAAAGGGGGGAAUAAAAUGUUGUGUAACAAAGCCUUAUGCUGUCCAGAAAGAUGAGGAUUGGGAAAUGCUGCCCUGCCACCCUCCCUCCGUCCUGUUCUUUUUCCAGCCACUUCCUUAGUGGAGUUCUUCAGGAGCAGAAGGAAAUGAAGGUUUUGGGUUCCUCCUUUAUGUGUGUCUUGGGGAUAGAGUGGGUUUUCCCAGGUGGCCCUGGCAGGGCAGGGAUGGGGACAGCUUUCGGGUUCCCAGGCACGGCUCCUGGAAUGAGGAGCACCCAGCAAUGCACAAAGCUUUGUGAGCCCUGGGGACAAAGAGCUGCAGCUUCUGAACGUUCUCCAAGAAGAAUGUUCUCCACGUUCGUGGCCCCAGUGUCUGGCUCUUGCCUGGAGCUGUUGAACCUUAUAUUCCCAAUCAGCAUGGCUCCUUCUGCAGCUGAAGAAUCCGUGAGAGACCCUUAUAACUAGUGUGCUGUCCUCCAGAGCCAGUCUCAGGAGGCCUGGUGGAAAGGUGGUUCCAGUGGCUCAGUGUGUGUCUGCCCUUGGCCACUAGGGGGCAGCUGAUGCCUUUCCCAGCAUCCUCCUGAGGCAGGUGAGUGGGAGCUGGCUGAGAGAAGGGCCUGAGCUCCACUGCCAGGAACAGGAGGGCGACGGGAGGGACACUGGGCCAAGCAUCACUGUUAGGGGUUCCCUGCUCCUGCCCUUCAAAACACAAAUUAUACACAAGUAAAACUAGUAGUAGCACCGAGCACUUCUCCUAGGCCAGGCACUGUUCUAAGCACUGGACAAUAUCAUCUCUUUUAAUCUGUGCCCAAUGUUAGGGCCUAAUCGCUGAUCUAGUCCCCAUUGUACAGAUCUGGAAACUGAAGCUCAGAGAGGUAGAGUAACUUGUCCAAGGUCACACAGCUACUAAGCAUCAGAGGCAGGAUUCAAACUCAGACAGUCUGACUCCACAGUCUGCCUUUGAUCUUCUGCCUGGUGCUGUUCUGUGCACAAGCUUAUUGUGAUUCUAGUUGCUCACCAAACUCAGGCUCAUUACUUCCUCUGGGUUUGGAUGGACUGGGUCAUGGGGCCUGGAUCUGUCUUUCCCCCCAUGAUCUGAAUGAGCAGCUGGGACUGAGGGGCACAGUAGUUGGUGAGGAUACUGGUUGAUAGGGUUCCAGCCUGUAAAGGGUGGGGGGAAUAUUGGGAGUCUCACUGACCUCCCUUCAGUGCCCACAGUAGCUGUAGCACUGGAAAGGGGGACAGUGUCCAGAGGCUGAGACUCCAGUCCCCGGGGAUAGGAUGUCAAUUUGGAACAGAGGCUGACCUGAUACAGUGGCCCCAGGGAAACAGCCUCUUAGCCACCACCACAGGUCACCAUCCAUGGCCACGCCCCUUUUUUGUAGCCACCGCCCCUUCUCGUUGUCCACUACAGUAGUCUCACUCAGCUGUACCUCGGUCACCCCGGGAGCCUCCAGGAGACACCCAGGAAUGCUGCCCCAGCCCGGAUAUUCUGGUUAGCUGGUCUUGGCGGGAUUCCAUCACUGGGAGCUUUUUAAAAGAUCGGGUAUUUCUAAUGUGCAGUCAGGACUGAGGACAAAAAACAGGAGGACCCCCAAGGCCUCUGCAUGCCAGCACAGUGACUGCACGCUUAGCUUUGCCCAGGCUCUACUUCCGGUUUGCCUCCCCCCACCGGCCUCAGACUCGUGGGCAAGGCACUUCACUUUCAGAGGUGUCUCCUCAUCUCAAGGGUGAGAAGAAUGCCCUUUUUAUAAGACUUCAUGAAGAUCAAAUGUGAAGAUGCACAUAAAACCCUCAGCGCUGUGCCUGGCAUGCAGUAAGUACUCAAUAAAUGCUCACUACUGUCAACUGUCUUAUGCUGAAAGAUGAUAAGGCAGUAAGGUGUUUCUCAACCUAGAAACCUUAGAAUGGUGUGCCAUGCUGGUUAAAGGUGUACUACUUCCUGGCCCAAGCCCAGAGGUUAAGACCCCCUCGGUCUCUAUGGAGAAACUGCUAGUGCCAGCUGGCUUUGUCCCCUCCCAGCUUCUCUGCACGGAGCCAGCACGCAGCCCUGCGUACCCUUUGCCAGCCAGAGAAUGGCUCCCAAGUCAGCUGGUGGAGCCGCUCUUGCCUCUGCAGCUGACUGAGGUUCACAGCCACCCUCAGCUAACGUCCCGGGUUCCGGCGGGGGUCUCACGUUGGCAGACAGGCUGUAAAUACUGUGAUCGCAUCAGGCAGGAGUUGCCAUGGCUGCGCCCGGGUUCUGUUUCCCGGUGAGAGGUCCUUUGCUCCCCCGAGAACAUUGUCCAUGGCCCACCAGCAGCCAGUGCAUUUGGCAUGGGCACCAGCUAGGCAUGGUCGGUCUGGCACUGACAACGCAGUGUGCUUGGGCCCCGCAGUCCUGCCUCUCAGACUCCGGUCUCCUUCUCCUAGGAGAGGUGCCUUGCUCUGUGGCCAGCACCCUGCAGGCUCCCCACUCCCUUCCUGAUCCUUGGCUGCCUCUUAGCACUUGCCCCUGCCGGGAAGGGGCAGAGCUGCCUUGAGGCCUAGUCCUUGGCUCCAGAGCCCAGUCUUUAGUUUUCACGUUAGAAACAUUUUGUUACAAAAGCAGCAGAUAAACAAUGUAAAAAAGAAAAUGCAGGUGAACAGAAAUCAAAUCGGAGCACUGAGUUUUCGCCACUUAGAGGUUGCCCCAGUUAACAGCCUCCACCUUUUCCCACGUGUGCGUGCGCGCCUGUGCCCUUCAAUAAAAUGAGAUCGUGCUGUGAGUGCUGCCUGCCUGCCUGCCUGCUGGGUUUGUUAUAAUCGCCAUUCCGUGUCAGCGUAUUUUCAUCUCCGAUGCCCUGCCGCCAUCGUUUACCCCAGUCGCCCCUGAAUGUCCAGAAUUAUUCUGGUACCACACACCUGGCUGUUGCAGUCCUAAAUUCCCUCCUGAUCUACACAGCAGCCCUCCCACACACUCACAAACACAUGCACAU